AUGGACUCAAUUAAAGAGACGAAGACAUCGGCGGACGACCGCAAGGACGACACGAAUGGAUCCAAUGAUGUGAUGUAUUGUUUGGAUCGAGUCAUCCGCGGUAUGGCUUCCGCGCGACAGUUCGCCAGACAUGGCUUUUGCGUCCUUUUGACUCAACUGUUGAUGACAUUUGAGGAGAAGAUAUCGCUUGAAGUGGUGUUUGAAUUGUCUGAAAAGCAUUUGCAGAAAAUCAAAGACGUCUCGAACCACGACUCAGUGAUCGGUUGGUCUCUCGUCAUGGCGUCGGUCAUCAAAAGCGGUCGUUUGAGAGCCGAUACCUCGCUUCUACAAACCCUAUACCGAAAGUUACACAACAUAAGCAACCCUUACUCAUUUGUUAUGUAA